UGCGGGUCCCCGCCCACUGACUGUUGACGUUGUUUUGUUACUACUCACUCUCCUUCUUCGUUCAUCGACUUGUGUUCAUAGAACCUUCGCUUCUCUUGGAAUUUCUCGUGUUAGAUACACCAUUAUUGCACAUCGACUGUCCUUUCCUGUCCGAAAUUCACUACCCACUACCGUUAACAUGCGCUUCUUCUCGGCUCUUGCCUUCGCGGCGUCGCUCGCUUUCGUGGGCGCGCAGGACCUUCAGGGCAUUCCUGACUGCGCUCUCACCUGCUUCGCAGCCGCCGUGUCGGGCUCAGGCUGCAGCCUCUCGGACACCAAAUGCCAGUGCACCACGGGCUCCGAUGCCAUCACCUCCUCCGUCACGUCCUGCGUGCCCUCCAAGUGCUCCGCGGAAGAAAUUGCCAAAAUUGCUCCCGCGGUGGCAACCAUCUGCGCCAAAGCCGGCGUCUCUAUAUCCAGCCUGCCGACCACUGUCCCGAGUGCUAGUGGUGGCUCUUCGAACGGCAGCCAGACUGCGAGCACGACCGGAUCGCAAAGCGGAACGGCGACGGGAUCUGGGAGCGCGGCAGAGAAUACUGGUGGUGCGAUGGCGAAUGUUGCGAGUGUGGGUGCUGUUGCGCUUGGAUUGGCGGCUGUUCUUGGAUUGUAGCCGCAAAUUGGAUAUGCGACACAGACCGGAAACGGAGCUCGACUACCAGCGAUAUAGAUGGUAUGGGCAGGGAGAUUCUUGAUUUUGGGUAUGUGUUGAAGGUAUAGAAUGAGGUUGCUUAACCUCGUAUUAGGUUCUUCAAGAGGGCUUCUCUUCUGAUAUGGGAAUCCAUACCGAAUUCCUCUUUCCUUUACAGUCUCCUAGCUAUAAAAUACACCCGCUGCAAGGGCGUCAUCUGCUGUAUGAUCGACAGCUUCGGACCGAACCAGAUACGGUAAUGGCGCCGCCUUCUCCACGUUGUUUCCGCCCUAGAUACGAUAGGCGAGGUACAUGAUGCACGAGCGCGGCGCAUGGCUCGUAUCUGAAGGAAGACAUGUUUCCUGGCGAGAUCGAUCGAGGGCAGGGGCUCCAUCAAGUUACGUUCAUGCC